AUGGCUAUGAAUUCUUCUAGUGCAUCCAAUGCAAACACCACAAACAAUAUAUGUGGUUUAUUGCCUUCUUCUACGCAAGCUAGGGAUCCGGCAUGGGAAUGGGGUGAACGCAAAGACCCAGAAAAUCCAAAUAUUAUUACCUGUUUGUUAUGUAACAAAUUAAUCCGUGGUGGUGGAAUCACAAGGCUUAAGGAGCAUCUCGUAGGAAAGUCAGGGAAUACUUCACCAUGUCCGAAUGCAACCACUUCUGUUAUCAACAAAGUAAAUCGGUUGUUUGUUGUAAAGAAGACCAAAAAUGCUCAUAGGGAUAACAUUUAUUUAGCGUACCAGCGUACAUUCAACUCUGAUGAAGGCUCUGAUGUUGACACAGAUGUUGGGGAACAAGAAGUUGAAAUCGAUGGCAAUGUUGGCAGUGGUAGUGGUGUUGAUUUACAUGUUCAAAAUCAGACGAAGAAAAAGCGAAUAACCCAAAGUAAUACAAGAGGUCUUAUUGAUUUAUAUAUGAGGACAAAUCACAAGAAAACUCAAAAGGUCACCGCUGAAAGGAACUGUGCAGUGAAAGAGAAGUUAUUAAAGACUGCAUGGAAAUGCAUAUCAUCUUGGAUGACUGAGAAUUCAGUGGCAUUUAAUACCGUUCGUUGCCCAAGUUUCAAAGAAAUGAUCUUUGCAAUUGGUGAUUAUGGGAAAGGUUCAGUAUUUUUGAAGUCUGUGGAUGCCUCAGAUAGAACCAAUGAUGCCGAUUUCAUUCGUAAGCUUGUAAAGGAGGUAAUUGCUGAUGUUGGUGCAGAAAAUGUGGUUCAGUUCAUUACUGAUAAUGGUUCUAACUUCAAAAAGACAGGGAAGGACUUAAUGCUUGAAUACCCACAUAUAUUUUGGACUCCUUGUGGUGCUCAUUGUGUUCAGUUGAUGCUAGAAGAACUUGGUUCCAAGCUUCCAAGAAUCAAGACAGCCGUCAUACUAGGUAAGAGACUAGUUACAUAUAUUUAUGCUCAUUUUCAAGUAUUGAGCUUAAUGAGGGAGUUGACUGGUGCAGACUUACAUAGGUCUACAAAAACUAGAUUUGCAACUCAAUAUUACACACUAGAGAGUCUUCAAAAGUAUAAAACUCCUCUGCAAAUGGUGUUUGUGAAUGAUAGGUGGGUAAAAACUAGGUUUGCAAGAGAAAAUGUGGGAGUAAAUGCACUUAAAAUUGUUACAAAUAUCAAAUUUUGGGAAGAUGUCGAUUACUCUUGUAGGGUGCUAAAGCCUUUAGUUAAGGUAGUAAGAUUAGUGGAUAUCGAACGCAAACCUACAAUGCCUUAUUUUUAUGAGGCAAUGAGAAUAACAAGGGAUCAACUUGAGAAGAAUUUGUCUGAAGAUAAUGAUACUUGGCUCAUUUGA